UCUCACUAGAAUAUUCAUUCUCUCUCUCUCCAAAAAUGAAGCUAUCUAACCGUGUUCUUUCAGCUCUUCUCUUGAUCUCUUUUAUCCUUAUUGCUGCCACUACAGAGAUGGGUUUGGCGGAUAAAAUAUGCAAGACACGCAGCGACCGUUUCUCAGGUGUGUGCUUGAGCAAUAACAAUUGUGCCAUCAUCUGCCAACUAAUCGAGCAAUUUGAAGGUGGUCAAUGCGAAUUCGACGGAGCCUUCCGUAGUUGUUUAUGCACCAAAGCCUGUUAAAUAACAACAUAAUAUUAUCAAG